AUGUGUCGAUGGGGAUGUUACAAUUAUGAAUCCACAUAUAUGUGUAAAUUUUGUGGUACACGUUAUUGUUCAGAAUGUCUUCGUGGUGAUUUUUAUGGAUUAAUGAAAGCUCCUGAUCAUUGUCGUAAAUGCAAUCAAAUGAAAUGUCAAGGAAAACGUGUUGAAGUUGUUGUAUUUGCACCCGGUACUGAACCGAAAGCACCAAAAAAAUCUGGUAAAGGUGGAAAAGAUUCAAUUAAUAUCAGUGCAAGUGUCGCCAGUGGGCGACCAGCUUGCGAAAAUCGUCGUCGUUCUGCUCGUCUUUCUACGAGUUCAACGACAAUACCAGCACGUCCAUCAAUGCCUUUAAUAACAAAUACAAAAAAAUCUUCUUCAACUAAUAAUGGUUCAACAUCAAAUACAAAUACACAACGAGCAACAUCAAUUGAAGGUAUUGGUGAUACAAUUAUAUCAACAUUUAAUAAAGAAUCAUCAAGUGGUUUCAAUUAUCAAAGUUUAAAUGAAUCAACACCAUUAAAUGUAUCAAAAACAAAAAAGAAAUUACCUAUACGUUCACAUAGUUCAACAAAUGCUGAACUUAGUUAUCAUUUACAACAAUUAAAAAAUAUCGGUAAACGAAAACCAACAAUUGUUAGUAAUGAUCGAAAUAAUAAUAACAAUAAUAAUAAUAAUAAUAAUAACAAUGAAGAACGUAUUUAUUUAACAUCAUCAAAUCUUAAAGUUGAAUGUGAUGAUAAUAAAACAGAAACAUCCAUACAUAAAUCAAUGGAAAUUGAAAAACUAGAAUUACCUUUGUCAUGGAAACCAACUAAACAAAAAAUUACUAUUGAAAGAGAUUCAUGGGAUCAUAAAAUCGAAUUUCUUCUUGCAGUUAUUGGUUAUGCGGUUGAUUUGGGUAAUGUUUGGCGUUUUCCAACAGUUGUUUAUAUGAAUGGUGGUGGAGCUUUCUUUAUACCAUAUUUUAUUCUUUUAAUAUUCGGUGGAUUACCUCUAUUCUAUAUGGAACUUGCUCUUGGUCAAUAUCAUCGAUCAGGCGUUUUUACUGUUUGGAAAUAUAUUUGUCCAUUGGUAAAAGGAGUUGGUUGGGCAACAUUAUUAAUUAAUUUCAUGAUGGCUAUGUUUUACAAUACAAUAAUCACAUGGGCUGUUUUUUAUUUAGUUAAGUCAUUUAAUAGUAUUGGAUCUGAAUUACCAUGGAAACAUUGUGGUCAUCCAUGGAAUACUGAAUGUUGUGUUCCAGCUGAUAUAACAGAAUAUCAAAAUAACUUAACAUUAGCUAAUUUAACAAAACAAAUAUUCAAUAAAACGAUGAUUAAUUGUACACGAUUUGUUUAUUCAACUGAAGAAUAUUUUUAUCGACAACUUCAAGAAGUAGAUAAAGCCGAUGGAUUUAAUAAUUUAGGAAAAAUUAAAUGGGAACUUGCUCUAUAUCUAUUUAUUGUCUUUGUUGUUGUCUAUUUUGCACUUUGGAAAGGAAUUAAAAGUUCUGGAAAAGCAGUAUGGAUUACUGCUGUAGCACCAUAUAUUGUUCUAGUAAUAUUAUUAAUUCGUGGUGUUACUCUUUCAGGUGCAUCACUUGGAAUUAAAUAUUAUCUUGAACCGAAACUGGAAUUAUUAAAAAGUUUUUCUAUUUGGAAUGCGGCAGCAACACAAAUAUUUUUUUCACUUGGACCAGGUUUUGGUGUUCUAUUAGCUUUAUCAUCAUAUAAUAAAUUUCAUAAUAAUUGCUAUCGAGAUGCAUUAGUAACUAGUACAAUUAAUUGUGCAACAUCAAUUCUAGCUGGUUUUGUUGUUUUUUCAACACUUGGUCAUAUGGCUAGUGUAUCACAAAAGACAGUUGAACAAGUUGUUGAAGAUCAAGGUUCAGAACUUGUUUUUAUUGUUUAUCCACAUACAAUUGCAUUAAUGAAUUGGUCAACAUUAUGGUCAAUUCUUUUCUUUUUUAUGUUAAUCACUUUAGGCAUUGAUAGUACAUUUGGUGGUCUUGAAUCAAUUAUUACUGGUUUAUGUGAUGAAUUUCCAAAUAAAUUUGGACGUCAUCGAUCUUUAUUUGUAUUAGGUGUUCUUGUUAUAUGCUAUUUGGGAGCAUUACCAACAUGCACUUAUGGUGGUGAUUAUAUUGUUAAUUUAAUGAAUGAAAUUGCUGUUGCACCUGCUAUUCUUCUUGUUGUAUUUAUUGAAUGUAUUGCUGUUUCAUGGUUUUAUGGUGUCAAUCGACUUGCAGAUGAUAUUAAAUCAAUGAUUGGUACAAGACCAUCUUUAUUUUGGCGAUCAAUUUGGUAUAUUAUUAGUCCAUUAUUUUUACUUGUAAGUAAUACUGUUUAG